UUUUUGACUAUUGCGAUUAUCGAGCAAUGGUGGUUGCUUUGCUGUUGACCUCAAGAGCUUCAACUGUAGUCAGUGCGUUUUAUUUUAGUGUAAUUGACUGGCUUUUACUUAAUAUUACUGGAUUACAGUGCAAAAUGAUUCUAUAUGUAUCAUAAAUCAAACAAUGUAACACUAACAGUGCCUACUGAAAGCUGGAUGGUCGAUUACGAUUAUGUGUUUGUUGUGAGGAUACAUUGCAAAUGUAACCAGUAAGGAGGUGAUUACACAGAACUGAUUUUAGUUGGAAGCAAUAUUAAACUGCCAAAAUGUUGUAUGUUUUCCAUGUGGAUGCUGGUCAGAUGACCACGUAUGACAUGAAUCUCACGCUGCAGAGUGUGUCAAGUUUAAAAGCAGCGAUAGAAAGGAAGACAAAAAUAGCAGCAAGCUCCCUAGUUCUCCUCGUAAGUGGUGGGGAGGUGCUGCAGUCCGACCACAUGGUGUCUUCGUACAGUGCCGGCACGGACACAAACCCCAUAUACAUGUUUAGCAAGCCAUCGGAGAAGGAGAGCCAUUUGAAGCAAUCCAUGUACAGCGACCUUAGUCCAAUAGUGGAGCUAAGUUCAGGCGAGUUCCGGAGUGACACCCGAAGCGGAGUGGAGGGGAAAUCCCUAGCGGAGCUGAAGGCGAACGUUGACAUGUGCUGUUCACUUCAGCCGACCGUCAACACUGUGAUAAAGUGCGCGACGCUUGCGCAGCAGUUCAGUGAUCUCGCGCACGAUGUUUCUAAGAGCUGCGAUCAGUUGGUUCAUGAGCAGCAUUUGCAACAUCAGGGUUGGUCAGCGGUUGUGGCGAAUUUAGAAGACAUCUUCAACGAAUUCUGCGAGAGAUCUAGAAAUUUCAAAGAAUCAUUCAGAAAACAUCGCCUAAAAAAAGACGAGUACCACGAACAAUUGACCGCUCUCAACGAAGUGUUAGAAUCUUUAGGCAAGAUUCCAAUUCUGCCGGCUCUCCAACUCAACGCGGAGGCGCACCGGUUCUCGGCCUUCGACGUGUUCGAGGAGACCGACUUCGAAGGUCAAUACUAUAGGAUAAGUCAGCCCUUGGAUGGCUCAGAGAAGACGAAUCAAGACUUUGGAGUGGAGGCGUUCAAGUUAUCGGAGGAGGAAGAUGUGUUCGGUCAUAAAGACGCAUCAACAAGCAAAGACGCGGAGCAUGCGCCAGCGCCUGCCGAGCCCAUCGAGGUGUCCGACGAAGGAGUCACCUUUAAAGCGCAAUCUUAUGAAAAUAAGGAGGAACCUACGCUACUACACUGGAUAUUGGCGCAGGGCAACAAGGCUUCGUUACAAGACAUUUUAGACUACUGUCAAAAAGGAUUGGCUUUGAUUGACGCAGAGCCUCUCAAAGAAUUAGAAGAGGAGCUAUGCAACGUGCUAGAAUACGCAAAUGUGCACGGCCUAAAGCAGAUCAAAGGCAUCGAGGACCGUCUGUACCGGCUAGAUCAGCUGCUCAGCGAAGUGAAGAAACUCGAGCGCGACCAGCACGACCAGGCCGCGUCGCUAAUACAGUACCGAGAGCGAUUGAACGCCGCAUGCGACCCGUCAGUAUUACCAACACUGGUGCAGUCACAUUGGUGCCAACUCGAAAAACUGCUCAAGGGACACCAGACUCUAGUUGAUAUUAGGCGACGAAUAUCCAAGUCAAAAGAUGAACUGUCGCAUAUAUUGAAGGCGAGAUUAAAGGCGGUCCUAAUGAUCGAGAACUCGAUGUCGGUGCAGGACGCGCACGCCAUGCUCAGCUUCCAGUGCUUCAACCGUCUGGCGCGCUACUUCGACAUCGUGGCGCAACUACACCGCGCGCCUGUCGUGUACGUCCGCGCCGUGCACGAGGUCGCCAGGCGGAGGAUGUUCUCGCAGGCGCAUUUGAAGUGGGCAACAGACUUAGCGGCGAAACUAAUAAAAAUCCACGAAGAAGAGAUCAUACGACGGCAAGACUUCAACUGUCUGUUCGAAGGGCACUUCCUCAAAAGCCUGUUCCCGGGCAUGACGGAGCUCCCGCCGGCCUUCGCCACGCAGUCGCCGCCCGCGUUCGACGCGCGCCUGCCGCAGGUCACGGACGAGGACGUGCAGCUUAUAGCGACGGCGUUCCCGCAGUUGGCUAAAGAUGUGCCCAACUAUGAUAUGGAGACGACUGUUAAGUUCUUUCAGCAGAGGAUAAGUUCUUCAGAUCACCAGGAAAGAGAUAUUGAUGUUCAAGUAGAUUUUGAGAAGGACUUUGAAUCAGAGACAGACGUAGGCGACUUUGAGCGUCUCAGCCGACAGAGCACGUCACAGAAACAAAGAGUGGACACAUCGACCAUAUGCGUCCCGGACACCAUGGCCGUGUCCACGGUCACAGAGGAUAACAUGGAUACUCACAAAAUAAAUAUGGAAAGGCUGCAAGACUUCCUUUUAAAAUUAUAUGGCAUAUGUAGAGUUAAUAUUGUCUUAAUUCGAGAAGAACUAGCUAGAUUUAAAGAAGAAAUUGACGAACAGAGGAAGUUUAUAAAAGGAAAGUAUAUAGAAAUUUUAGAAGCGUGGCAGAAAGAGAGUGAAGAUAAUGCUUUGAAGUUUCGCGAGCAAACGCAACGCUUGACCGUGGACCACGAGUUAGAACUUAGCGAUAUGAAGGCAGCCCUCGAUGGUAAAGAUGACGUUAUAGAAACUUUAAAGAAAGAAAAGGAAGAAUUAAAAACACUUCACCAAAGUGAUAUUGAAAGGUUAGAAGCAGAGCACAACAGUACAAAAGAAUUAUUAGAAAAAACUAGGGAGGAGAUUAAGUUGUUUGAGAAAAAGCUAGAAGAGGCUGAUGUUCAGAAACAGAAAGAGCUUAAAGAGGCGCAGGAGAAAAUGCACUUGGAAUAUAAGGCGGAGAUCGAGUCGCUGCGCUCAAGAUAUCGUCUCGUAGCCCUAACAAAUAUGGACCGGUCGCCAUCAGAGUCCAGCCUCGAAAAGAUCGAGCGAUCGGACGUGAUAGAGAUAACGAGUCACAACGCUAUAGUCAUGCAGACGAAAGAAAACGCCGAGGUGGAAAAGGAAGAGGCGAUAGCGAAGGUGACAGCCGAGUUACAACAGAAGCUUACUGAGGAAAUCAAUGCGCUCAAGGCGAAGUAUGAAGCAGAAAAACAGAUAACAAUAAACGACGUGACCCGGCGCCUCCUCUCCGAGAAGGAUCGGCAGCUGGACGAGCUGCGCGAGCGGGAGCACCUGCUGUCGCGCGAGUGCGCCAAGUACCGGGACACCAUCCGGCAGCUCACCGACCCCGAGACCAACGAGUGCGACCCGCUGCUGCGGUCACAGUUGGCGACGCUUGAAAAUGAGAAGGCUCUGCUACAGCAGCAAGUUCAAGAUCUGAAGAAGGAACUCGAGAAGAAAGCCGAAGAAGCAGACAAAGCUAAGGAGGAAGACGGUGAAGGAAGGUCAUCGUCGCCGGUACGCGAAGGCAGGAAGCGCGGACGUUGCCACACGCCGUUCGGUCUGUCAGCCGGCACGCUGAGCCUGUCCUCCUGCCUGCCCGGACACACCGUGCUCGUCAUGUGGGACCCCGACCACUACAACUACACCGUCAUGCAGGAAGCGUCGAUAAUGUACUUCGUGCACAGCGACUGUCUCCCAGCCCUCGACCUCAGCAUACAAGUGAAGCACGAGUCUGAUCGCCGGCUCUACGCCGUGGCCGUCGUCGAGUCUAAGGAAUAUUGCUACGCUAAAAAGAGCGGGAACCGGUACCACAUGCCGCGCGCGUCGCGCUUCUACCGCGUGCGCGUGCGCCCGCUGCGGCCCGCGCCGCCGCCGCCGCCCUGCUGCGACCACAAGCACAAGCCAGAUGUAAUGCAUCGCAGCGCUCUGCCGGUGUUUGGUGAGAAUCGCCCGCUCAAGAAAUGGUUGACCUACAUGCAUGCACCAGACAUGUCAAAAUCGGUCGACACGAGCCAAUCAACGAGCUCGAACACCGACGAAGCGAGCAAAGAGGUCGCCACGGCCACGCUCAUCAACCUGGAGUCGCCCGUGUCCACCAGCGAGAACACGGCGCCCGGCGAGGACCAGCUGGACUCCAUCGAGGCCAACGACCAGUGGCACACGGCGAGGAUGCAGGUUUCCACCACCAGCGUUCUGUAAGUUCAUAUUCAUAUU